AUGAGCUAUCCAUCAACUCAAUUUGCCACCUCAAGACAAAUGGGGAUAUACGAGCCGUUUCGACAGGUUGGUGUGUGGAAAGAAACAUUCAGGGGUGAUCAUAGCUCAAACACAGGUGCUUCUUCAAUUCUAGAAGUGGAUGCUGGGAUAGAAACCAAGAUUGGAUAUGUUUCUCAUGAAUCCUUGGCACCAUCUGGAAAUGAUCAAGAACCAAACAGAUCUUCUGAUAAGGUACAGAGGCGCUUAGAACAAAAUCGUGAAGCUGCUCGCAAAAGUCGUAUGCGGAAAAAGGCUUAUGUUCAACAACUAGAAACAAGCCGCUUAAAACUGGCACAACUGGAGCAGGAACUUGACAGAGCUAGAAAACAGGGUGCCUAUGUAGCCAGUUCAUUAGGUACAAGUCAUAUGGGAUACAAUGGAGCUUUGAAUUCAGGGAUCACUACAUUUGAGAUGGAAUAUGGACAUUGGGUUGAAGAACAACACAGACAGAAUGUUGAACUCAGAAAUGCAUUGCAAGAUCAUGGAACCGAUAUAGAACUUCUUCGAAUACUUGUUGAAAGUGGCUUGAGCCACUACGCUAAUCUUUUCCGGAUGAAGGCAGAUGCUGCAAGGGCUGAUGCCUUUUACUUACUGUCUGGCAUAUGGAGAACAUCAGUAGAACGCCAUUUUCACUGGAUUGGAGGAUUUCGCCCAUCAGAGCUUCUAAAUAUUGUGUUGCCACAGCUUCAGCCAUUGGAUGAUCCACAAUUUGUGGAUUUCUGUAACUUGAGACAAUCGUCUCAGCAAGCUGAAGAUGCUCUCACGCAGGGAAUGGAGAAGCUUCAGCAGAAUUUGGCGUUGACCAUAGCAGGUGAUCAAAUCAGUGGAGAAAGUUAUGGAUCUCAGAUGGCUACUGCAUUGGAGAAGUUGGAAGCACUGGAGACCUUUGUGGGCCAGACAGGCGGAUCACCUCCGGCAGCAAACUCUGCAGCAAAUGUCUCGAAUCUUAACGACUCACCAGGCAGCUCGAGGCUUGCUUGCGCUCGGAGAAUACUUUCACCAGCUGCGUGCCCUCAGUUCUCUUUGGACUGCCCGUCCCCGUGA